AUGGAGGUGCUAAGGGUGCAAACCAUAGCUUCCGAGUCCAAAGAUGCUGUUAUCCCGGCCAUGUUUGUUAGGCCAGAGACAGAGCAACCAGGAAUCACAACCGUUCAUGGUGUGAAACUUGGGGUUCCCAUUAUUGAUUUCAGUAAUCCAGAUGAAGGAAAAGUCAUGCGUGAGAUUAUGGAGGCAAGUAGGGAUUGGGGAAUGUUCCAAAUUGUGAACCAUGAGAUACCUAGCCAAGUUAUAAGCAAAUUGCAAACUGUAGGUAAAGAGUUCUUUGACCUACCACAAGAAGAAAAAGAACUAUAUGCUAAGCCUGCAGGGUCUGAUUCUAUACAAGGUUAUGGCACAAAGCUUCAGAAAGAGGUGAAUGGCAAGAAAGGCUGGGUGGACCAUUUAUUCCACAUUAUAUGGCCACCUUCUUCCAUUGACUACCGUUUCUGGCCUAAGAAUCCUCCUUCUUACAGGGAGGUCAAUGAGGAAUACGCCAAGUACCUACGUGGGGUUGCAGACAAACUGUUCAAAAGUAUGUCAAUAGGGCUAGGACUUGAAGAACAUGAGUUAAAGGAGGCUGCAGGUGGAGACGAAAUGAUUCACCGUUUGAAAAUCAACUAUUACCCACCUUGUCCAUGUCCUGAUGUCGUCCUUGGUGUACCACAGCACACAGACAUGUCCAACGUGACAAUUUUGGUGCCCAAUGAGGUGCAGGGUCUUCAAGCCUCUAGGGAUGGUCACUGGUACGAUGUUAAGUAUGUCCCAAAUGCCCUCGUUAUUCACAUUGGCGACCAAAUGGAGAUAUUGAGCAAUGGGAAAUAUAAGGCGGUGUUGCACAGAACAACUGUGAACAAAGACCAGACAAGAAUGUCGUGGCCAGUGUUCAUAGAGCCGCAACCACAUCACGAAGUUGGUCCUCACCCAAAGUUGGUUAACCAAGACAAUCCACCUAAAUACAAGACCAAGAAAUAUAAGGAUUAUGCUUACUGUAAGCUCAAUAAGAUCCCUCAAUAAAUGAAGCGUGCUGGUUGGUUAAUUUAUUAA